AUGGGGAUCCCGCAACUCGGGUUCGUCACCGGGCUCCUGUACGCGGUCCGACGAGCCGGGCGCGCGCGCGCGGAUCCCCCCGACAGCCUCCGAUGCCCGAUCACCCAAGAGCUCUUCCGCGAUCCCGUCGUCGUGACGCAGACCGGGUACACGUACGACCGAGACGCCAUCGAGCGCUGGCUCCGGCAGAAGACCCCGCCCACGGACCCGUCGUCGAACGUCGAGCUGUACGCCACGGACAUCGUCCCGAACUGGGCGCUGCGAGACGCGACGAACGAGUGGUGCGCGAGAAACGGC